AUGUCUAGUCCAAACGAAACUUCUGGACCUAAGGGUGAUCGCACACCUGCGGACCCUUCGGAUACAAAAUCACAAAGUCAAACUGCAGUCUCGCUUUGCUCGCUUAAUACUAGUAUACCAAUGCGCACAACCGUUUUGCUGGCAACUGCGUGCGUCCGCGUUUUAGACUCACGUGGGACAGAAAACACUCUCAAAUGUCUUAUUGACAAUGCAUCGCAACACAACUAUAUAACAAAUGAUUGUGUCAAACGCUUAAAUUUACAUAUAGAGAACCUGACACAUCCCGCGUCUGUGAACGGGUUUGGAGGUACCUCUAGCAAAAUUAAGGGUAUAAGUCGCAUAACAAUAUUUUCACGCUUUAAUAAUAAAUCAUAUUCGCUCACGCCGUUGAUUGUUGACAAAAUCACAGAUCACUUACCUACAUCGCCAGUAGAAAGGUCGCUGCUCAAUUAUUUAGAGAGCGUACCACUCGCAGACAAUACCUAUCACCUUCCAAGUAAGGUUGAUAUGAUUUUAGGCGCGCAAAUGUUUACGCAAAUUCUGCUAUCAGGCCGCGUUGCGGCUCCGCCUGGUAUGCCUCACGCUUUACAAACCACGCUUGGAUAUAUUUUAAUGGGCACAGCCCCGCUAACGCAAUCAGUUUCACCUUCGCAAACGCAAACGCUAUGUGCUAUUACUAAUGAACGCUUAGAUAAUUCUUUACGCAAUUUUUUUGAAUUGGAGGAUGUACCUUCCCCUAAGAGCAAUUUUCUUAGCAUGGAAGAACAAGAAUGCGAAGAUAUUUAUAAAAAUACGACAGAACGCGAUUCUCACGGUCGAUAUAUCGUAGCUUUGCCGUUUAAGUCCGACCCUAGUGUGUUGGGUAACGCUUCGCUAAACGCAGAAAAACGCUUUAAUUAUUUAGAACGCAAAUUAGAAAAAUCACCUUCUUUACGCGACGCUUAUAAUAACAUUAUUGAUGAAUAUCUGGAGAAAGACUACUUGAGUCCAGUAACGCAAACUCGCUCUGACGUACAAUACGUUAUUCCGCACCACGGCGUUCAACGCGACGAUAAAGUUUCUACUAAAGUCAGAAUCGUUCUGGAUGCUUCUGCUGUUGAAAAUGACACAAGCUUAAACUCGCUAUUACAUAAAGGUCCUAAUUUACAAUCGGAUUUAUUUAUGCUAUUACUAAAUUUUCGCUUAUUUAAAAUUGCUAUUUGUGCAGACAUCAAACAGAUGUAUUUACAAUUAAAAGUUCAUCCAGAAUUUUAUAAAUUUCAAAGAAUUUUUUAUCGCUUUUGCAAAGAUGAUCCUUUGCAAUUAUUUGAAUUUAAACGCGUAUGCUUUGGCCUCGCUUCAAGUCCCUUUCUUGCGCUUCGCACAUUAAAGCAGUUAGCUGAAGACGAAGGCAAAAAAUACCCUUUAGCUGCUGCCGUAAUAAAUGCAGGUCAAUUUUACAUGGAUGACGUCAUAUGUACAACGCACACCGUAGAAGACGCAAUUGAGUUGGCCGACCAAUUAUCGGAAAUGUUCGCAGCGGGUUGCUUCGAUUUAUUAAAAUGGUCGAGCAAUUCAUCGCAAUUUCUUGAACAUUAUCCUAAAGAACUUUUGCAUCCUUCGCUUGCUAUUAGCUUUGAACCCGAAUCUAGUCAGAAGGUUUUAGGGGUUAAGUGGAAACCUCAUAAAGAUUUGUUUACUUUUGACUUUGCACCUAAAGAAAUGAAAUGCACUAAACGCAACAUGUUGUCGGUCAUUGCUCAGUUAUUUGACGUUCUCGGAUUUGUAGCACCUGUAAUAUUAUUCGCAAAAUUACUAAUUAAAGAGCUUUGGCUUUUGAAAAUUGACUGGGACGAGGAGCCUCCCGCACAUAUUGCACAAACUUGGCUAAAAUUCCAAAGCGAGUUACACAUUUUAUCUCAAAUAUCGAUACCUAGACAUAUCGGUAUAACGCAAAACUGUGAAAUAAAUUUAAUUGCUUUCUCGGAUGCAAGUGAAAAGGCUUAUGGUGCAGUCUUAUAUAUUCACGCAAGCACACCAGACGGAAUCGUUGUUAGUCUACUCUGUGCCAAGUCCAAGGUUGCACCAAUUAAAACAGUAUCGCUUGCUCGCUUGGAACUAUGUGCAGCUUAUUUGCUUUCUAAGUUGGUACGCGCUGUGUUGACAAAUUAUUGUUCUCGCGUUACUAUUGCUCGCACAUACGCAUUCUCGGACUCGACAGUCGCUCUCAAUUGGAUAAAUUCCAGUCCGCAUAAACUAAAAACAUUCGUCGCUAAUCGGGUAUCGAAAAUUCAAAAUAAUUUAGCCACGGAAAACUUCUUUCACGUUUCUGGUAAAGAAAACCCAAGUGACUGUUUGUCUCGUGGUUUAAUUCCCGCUCAACUUGCUUCUCAUCCUUUAUGGUUUAACGGCCCAACUUGGAUGCGCGAAAGCUGUAAAGAUUGGCCCGUUAAGCAAUUCGCUCCAGAUUUAAACGAUUUACCUGAGACUAAAACAGUCGUAUUAAAUAAUGUCUUGCCAGAAAAGCCUCUUAUAUUGGCUAUCGCGGAACGCUCGUCCAAUUGGUCGAAAUUGCUACGCAUCUUUGUGUACAUUUUACGUUUUUCUAAACGCAUAAUUACUCGCGGAUUAAUAACCGCAGAGGACUUAAUUGCCGCUGAAUUGUUUAUCAUUCGCUCGCUUCAAGAAGUUUAUUUCGCUGAAUAUAUAGAAGCCUUAAACAAAGGUACGGCUUUACCGCGCGCUAUAAGAAAAUUACGCCCCAUAUUAGUAGACGGAAUUAUACGCGUUGGUGGACGUUUAUCUGCCUGCAAGGAUAUUUCGUUUGAUCAUAAACAUCCCAUUUUGCUUCCUAGCAAGGAUCAUAUUGUUAAUUUAAUUAUCGAAUACGUUCAUCGCAUUAGUUGUCACGCGGGACCGCAACUCACAUUAUGUUUAUUACGCAAAAAAUAUUGGAUCCUUUCCACACGGAGAAUCGUCCGCGCUCGCAUACUGAAUACAACAUUUCUCAAAUUUCUGCCAGCUGCAGACGUCACCAACGAAAAUUCUCGCUUACUCUCACGCUUCUCGCUUUUAGAUAAAUUAGUCCAAUCAUAUUGGAAACGCUGGCGAGAAGAAUAUUUACAAACGCUACAGGUUCGAGCAAAAUGGAAUACGGAAUCUCGACCAGUAAAAGUCGGUACAAUAGUUUUAAUCAAUCAGAAUUGCGCACCACUGCACUGGCCGUUAGGCAAAGUCGAGAAAGUCUUUCCAGGCCCAGAUGGCCAUAUUAGAGUCGCUUUAGUUAAAACAAAGAAUGGUACACUCGAACGACCUGUAGUGCGCUUAUGCCCACUUCCUGUUGAACUUAAUAAUUAA